AUGCCGCCGGCCGACCGUUUAAGAGUUGUUCUCGUAGUCUUCGCAGAGUGGAGGAUCGGGCUUGUGGUACGUAAUAUUUGCCCCGUGGAGACUGGUCGGAUAGUUCCAGAUGUAUUUGUAUGCCAGCGAGAGUUUGGUGUGCGCCGUCGGUUGGUGUUUAUUGCGAUUUGUAGGCUGUUACCAAUGCAUGCGCAACCGGCUGUAAGUAGUCGUCCGAACAGCCAGAAUAUUGCUCGUACGAGUCUGAAAAUUAUUAUUAGACAGUUUGUAAGGACCGUGGGUCCCAGCUUGGCACAACAUGGCGUCAAAAGAACGGGGACAAUCACUGUUAGGAUGAUAGCUACUAGUAUGAUUUUCUAG